UAUAUAAAAAUUCUUAUUCGCAUAUCAAUUAUUGUAAGAGAAUUUUUAAAACCUUCAAAGAGAUUUUAAAGAACUUUUCUUGACAGCCUAUACCACAUGGCUGAGAUUUCAAAAUAUAUCCACAUUGAACAAUAUUUCUCGCAUAAUUUGGUUAUCAUGUUUUGAUUUAUAUUUCGUUGAUCUAUCCUAAGCCUGAUGAUACCUUGCUAUAAUUUCAUACAAAUAGUAUGACAUAGAUUUUUGUAUAGUUUUUAUCAAUACAUUUGGCUUUUCUUUUUACUUCACAUAUUGCUAGUCGCAGUAUUUUUAUUACAGUUGCAUGGCUUAGUUGACACGCCUUGCAUUGUUGUCCAAUUUUUAGUGCAGUCACUUGGCAUUGCUUAGUUUACACGCUCUGCCUUUUAUGUGAUUUCACAUACAUUAUACCGAGUGCAGGGCUUAGUUAAAACGCUCUGUUGCUCGCUUGGCAUUGCUUAGUUUACACGCUCUGCCUUUUAUGUGAUUUCACUUACAUUAUACGGGUGCAGGGCUUAGUUAAAACGCUCUGUUGCUCACUUGGCAUUGCUUAGUUUACACGCUCUGCCUUUUUAUGUGAUUUCACAUACUUUAUACCGAGUGCAGGGCUUAGUUAAAACGCUCUGUUGCUCGCUUGGCAUUGCUUAGUUUACACGCUCUGCCUUUUAUGUUUUUUCACAGACAUUUUAUUGGUGCAAAACGCUCUGCUGCUCUCCCGUCUGUAUUUAUAUAGGCAUGGCUUAUUUAAGGCCCCUUGCCUUGUGAUUGUCCGUUCUUGGAUAGUGUAGGCUUGGCUUAGUUUACACGUUAUACCAUUUUCUUACUUACAUUCAUUUAUCACCACUGCUUUCUGCUAAAUACUUUUCUACUUGUUUCUUGGUAAUCAUAGUUAUAAAUUCAGAUCACUUUACAAGUGCUCUUCAUUAUGUACGGCAAUCAUCUUAUUUAUAAUACUUUGCCUUCAAUAUUAAGCACGGGCCAGCAGUCAAGCUUUUCUCAGAUUUAAGGGCGUUAAUAUUUUCAGUUAAUAUCAGUUUUUUUAUGAUUAUUUGGUUUUUUGCAGAUGAAACCUGGAAAAAGAAAGGCAACAAAAGCCACUUGUUCAUGCUGCCCGCCGCCUCCAGCAAAAAACAGUACAAACAAGUCAAAAACUAGAGUUAAGAACAAUGUUAGUUCUACAAUAACCAAUAUAAAUCAAGUGCCAUCCACAUCUGCCAGGCAACAAUCACACACUAUUAACUUAGAUCAGGCCGGGCUUGAUGACAAUAUUUCAGCUGCUGACAAUAUUCAAGCUGCUAUAGAUAACAGAGACGAUCCCACAGGACAACAGCAAGUACAAAAUGCGGAAGAAGUUAUGCCACCUCUACUAAGUCCGCCUCAUAUCGACGAUGACACUUCAUCUGACGAGGAAUCCAUAGGGGAUGAUUUUCUAGAUGUUGUUAAUAAUCAUACUCAUUCUAUGUUGUCAGAUCACCAGAUUCCGGUCAUUAGCUCCUCACAUGGACAUACAACCAACAACAGUACCUUCAGACCUUCUCGUGCUUCAUUAAAUAAAUCAGUUUAUCAGUUGCUAGACACGGCACUGGCGCCUUCUACAAAAGCAAGCUACAAAAAUGCUUUACAGCGAUACAGAAUUUUUCAUAAUACUUAUUACCCAAAUGCUCAUUUAUUCCCAGUCUCAACGGAACAACUAGCCCAGUUUAUCACUGUUUGCCAACAUCGGGGUCUAAAACAUUCUACAAUAACCUCAUACAUGUCAGCAAUAGGUUACGUACGCUAA